UGAAGGCUGAUCCGCCCCGGGGUCCUUUGCCAUCUUGUGUGGUUGGCUGUAUUUGUCCUCAGGUUCGCGUUGGGUGCUCUUCCCCGUGAAGGAUCAACCUGCACAAGUUGUCUCACUAAUUUACAUUCAUCAUGCCGCUGGUGAUCCGCCGGUACCGCCCUGCAGACAAGGACACAGUGCUGACCCUGUUCACUACUGGCACCUGGGCGCACAUCUGUCCGUGUUUUCACAAUGCCAUGACCAGUCCCCUAUACCUCACCAUCACGCUGGCUCUGGGUGUUGUUGGAUACCUCCUUGGCUCUGUGUUUGGGGCUGUGCUGUUCCCAGCAGCCUGGGUGGGUGUCAUCUACUGCUGCUGUCAUGAAAUGUAUUGCGGGUACGUCAGAGAGAGACUUCGGACUGACAUGCAGGACAUCCCUGGGAACUUUCUGAGCAGAUCUGAUGACUGUUUCUGGGUGGCAGAGGCUGAGGUUGAAGGGAGACCACAGGUCAUUGGUAUGGUGGCUGUGGCAGCCAAACACAGUGGGACAGAAAAGUAUGGGGAAAUGUUUCGAAUGAUCGUUGCACCGCAGUGCAGACGAAUGGGCCUCGGCUUCAGGCUGGCUCAGACUGCAGUUGAUUUCUGUAAGGAACGAGGCUUCUCUAAAGUGGUGCUGGAGACUACCUCCACCCAGAUGGCAGCUGUGGCGCUGUACAGCAAACUGGGGUUUACCCGUGUCUUCUCUCGUACCAACAAACUGGCUUUUCUGUGGAUCAGUUCACUAGCCAGGGUCACGAUUAUAAAGAUGGAAAAAUACCUGUAAAUUUAAAAUAACAUUGUUCCUGCUUUGUUCAUCUUUAACAAUUGUUUACAUUUUGAGCAUUGGAUAAACCGGACUGGAACCAAAACCUUCUGGGUUUGGUGGAAACAAAGAAAAAGUGCCAAAAUCUGAAGUACAGCAAGCAUUAAGCACUAUAAACAAGAAAGCUUCCUGGUUUCUGUUUUUUUUAGAAAUCAGAAAUUCUUUAUUGUCAUUGCACAUUUCCACGCAAUGAAAUUCAGCAGCAUAUACAUGAGAACAAGAAACUUUGGUUGCAUGCAGGUUCACGGGACUGCAUAUACUGAAAUGCAAUGACCCUUAGAUGAUGGUGUCUUUUAUUAGCUUUUAAAAAUAUAUAUAUCUCAAUUUGCAAACAAGUAGAAAAUGGAACAGGAGGUCUUAAACUGGGUAUCUGUUCUCUGGCUUCUGUGAUCUGAAGCCCUCCAAAACCUGUCCACUGCUAACACUACACUGACUAGAAUAAUUUAAUGUAAUAAAUUCUGCUGAUCACUUUUAACUAUUUCAAUACAAAAGAGUAAAUAUAAUUUUAAAAAGUCUCAUUUGCCCACACAGGUGUUACUAGGUUUGAAAAUGCUGUAUUCUCUUUAUGGGGAAACAGACGGUAUUGGCAGUAAGUAAGAUUAUUGCGAUUUUGCUGCAGAUAAACUACAGAUUUGUGUUAUCGCACAGCACAAGACAAUUGGUUAAUUUUCUGAAAACUAACAAUACAAAAAGAGACACUUCUUUAACCCUGCAAAGUAGCCAUAACUGUUUUGGAAGAAAACAAAAGAACUUUUUUUCUUUUUUUUUUUUUUGGCAAAAAUUAAAAUAGUUUUGGAUGUAUCUAAAUGUUUUUCUAAUAAUUACCAGGAUUUGGAGAAGAAUUUUCAAAACCCAAAAAUGACAUUUCAUACAUGCAAUGUAUUUUGAGUAUAUAAUGCAAAUUAUGUAAAGUUCUUAUAAAUAGCCUUACUUGUGAAAAGGUAAAUUUAGAAAUAAUUUAUAUACCUCGCACUGAACUUGAUAUAACUAUUCCAUUGUUUAACACUUCUCUCUUGUUAUAAUUAAAUUAUCUUAAUUAAGAUGUUAUUUUUAAGGCUGACAAUGAAAUUACAAAUGUAAAAUAUUGCUGCUAUUAACUGACUUGAACAGCAGAGGGCGCUACAGCUCUAAGUAGCACAGUCUCUUCUGGUGAAAAUCAGUAAUUUUUCUCAUAUAUUUACUUACUUUACUGCAAUGAUUAAACAUUUAAAAAUAUAUCUGUACCAGCAACAGUGCUGCAAAAUAAACACAGUACUUUUUUUUUUAAUAUACUGUCUGAGAACAUUUUUGUAUCCAGUACAUGUGCUUCACCAGUAUUUUGCUAGAUUUUGCUAAGGCUACCAUGGCUUUGUGUAUUCAGGUUUUACAUACAGAAGAUAUAAUUCUCUUCAAUAAAAUGAGCUCAUUCUGGACACACAGCAAUAAUUAUUGCAUUCACAUACUUUGACUUUAUUUUUGUAGAAUUUGAUAUGAAAAUAAAAUGAUUUCACUUGGUUUUGUG